AUGCACCACCAUGCCGAGCUAUUUAUACUAAGGAAUGUAAUUGUGGUUUCGAGUCUUGGGACCCCUCUCGGAGAGACUCUGGCGCUCAACAAGAACCACUCGGAGGGUGGCAGAGUGAUCGUCAACAACACUAAGCGUGUUCUAAUAUCCUAUGAUCAUGUGGAACUUACAUUUAAUGACAUGAAGAAUGUUCCAGAGGCCUUCAAAGGGACAAAGAAGGGCACUGUCUACCUUACCCCUUACUGGGUCAUCUCUCUGUCCAAGGGGAAGGAUGCCAUGCAGUCCUUCAUGAUGCCAUUUUAUCUCAUGAAGAACUAUAAGAUCAAACAGCCUGUGUUUGGUGCAAACUACAUCAAGGGGAUGGUAAAGGCUGAAGCAGGAGGUGGCUGGGAAGGCUCUGCUUCAUACAAGUUGACCUUCACAGCAGAGGGCGCCAUCGAGCUUGGUCAGCGCAUGCUACAGGUGGCAUCUCAAGCUUCCAGAGGUGAAGCCCCCAAUGGAGCCUAUGGAUACCCUUCCAUGCCCAGCGGGGCCUAUUUCUUUCCCCUGCCAGUCGCCAAUGGAAUGUAUCCCUGCCCUCCUGGAUACCCCUAUCCACUGCCACCUGAGUUCUAUCCAGGAGCUACUGUAAUGGAUGGGGCCAUGGGAUAUGUGCAGCCCCCACCACCACCCUGUCCUGGACCCAUGAAGCCUCCAGUCAGUGGCCCUAAUGUCCCCUCCACUCCUGCAGCUGAGGCCAAGGCCUCAGAAGCAGUUGCCAGUGCCUAUUACAACCCAGGCAACCCACACAACGUCUACAUGCCCACGAGCCAGCCUCCACCACCUCCCUACUACCCUCCAGAAGAUAAGAAGACCCAGUAGACCCUGCCUACUUCCCUGUCCCCACCUCAUGGGCCUUCCGUACCCCUCCUUGUGGGACUGCAUCUGACUGGGGGAGGCCAGGGAGGACCUUAUUCUUCCCCUGGUCUGAUUAU